CCUGUUCCUGUAUCAACAAGGAAGUGCAGCAGCAGCAGCAGCAGCAGGAGCAGGGAGAUAGACACAACCUGCAGUGUGUCAGGCAGAGUGACAGCUCCUCCAUAGUAAUUCACCAUGCCAGGCUGUCUUCCUAUACAGUGAGGGCUACGCGUACACACCAGUCAAUGUGCUACAUAGGAAACACGCAGCUUGUACAUGGCACAUUAUGGCAGGCUGGGCUCCUCCUCGGCUGGAUGAUUUUAUAUUGACUGACAAACUGGGCAGCGGCACCUAUGCCACCGUCUAUAAGGCCUACAGGAAGCGGAACACGCGUGAGGUAGUGGCCAUUAAAUGUGUCGGCAAGAAAAGUCUGAACAAAGUAUCUGUGGAGAACCUUCUGACGGAGAUUGAGAUCUUGAAAACUGUCCAUCACCCACAUAUCCUUGAGCUGAAGGACUUCCAGUGGGACCGGGAUCACAUAUUCCUGAUCACGGAGUACUGCGCAGGGGGAGACCUUUCCCGUUUUAUCAGAACUCGAAGGAUUCUGCCAGAGAAAGUUGCUCAGAUCUUCCUGCAGCAACUCGCAAGUGCUUUGAAGUUCCUGCAUGAGAAAAAUAUUUCACACUUGGACUUGAAGCCUCAGAAUAUUCUCCUUAGCAACCUGGAUAGACCCCACCUCAAGUUGGCUGAUUUUGGGUUUGCUCAGCACAUGACAUCACGGGAUGAGAAUCAAUCACUGAGAGGAUCUCCACUCUACAUGGCCCCUGAGAUGGUGUGUAGUAGGCACUACGAUGCUCGUGUCGACCUCUGGUCUGUAGGGGUUAUUCUGUAUGAGGCACUGUUUGGGAGAGCACCAUUUGCAUCCAGAUCAUUCUCAGAACUGGAGGAGAAAAUCCGAAGUGUCCGGACAAUUGAGCUCCCAGCAAGACCGCGGGUCUCACCUGAAUGCCGGGAUCUACUUCAGCGGCUCUUGGAGAGAGACCCAGAUCAGCGUAUCUCUUUCCCAGAUUUCUUCAACCACUCAUUUGUAGACUUGGAGCACAUGCCUUGUGCAGAGUCUCUGGAGAAAGCCGCGUCUCUGGUGGUAAAGGCAGUAGAGAAAGAUGGAGCAGGAGAGCACUCAGCCGCCCUCACUCUGUACUGCCGAGCCAUGGAAUACUUCAUCCCUGCCCUGCACUAUGAGACAGAUGUCUCGCGUAAAGAAGUCAUACGCUCAAAGGUUCGUCAGUACAUAUCCAGAGCUGAGGAGCUAAAGGUCCUGGUGUCCUCUAGUAACAAGACUCUGCUAUUGCAAGACAUGUCCUUUCGGGAACUCUUGAAGGAAAUGUCCCAGGACAAACCACGUCUGUUUGCUGCUUUGGAUGUGGCCUCAGCUGCUGUUUUGAAGGAUGAAGAGGGCAUGGCAGCUGAUGCUUUGGACCUGUACCAGCAAAGUCUUGGGGAACUAAUAUUAAUGUUAUCUGCAGAACAAGCUGGAAGGAGACGGGAGUUAUUGCAUGCUGAAGUUCAGACACUAAUGAAACGGGCAGAAUUCCUAAAGGAGCAGAUGAAAACUUCUGACUGGAAAUGUGAAUCUCUGGGGCAGGAAAUGCUGUCUGAGUCUGUGCGAAGUUCGUGCUCUGUGCAGUGACCUCUGCUAGGACUACCAGCAAGCUGGAAUUCUCUUGUAUGUUUUGUCUUAGUGAUACUGUGUAUUAAUUAAAUUAUUUUUUACUCUCAUG